AUGGGUGGAUGGAUGGAUGGAUGGAUGGGUUUGAUGAUAGUUGGGUUUGGUCGAGGCGGGUUGAAGGAGAGUAUUUUAUUGGUUGAGAGUUGGGGAUGGUGGGAUUUGGGGAUCGUGGGAGUUGGGGAUCGUGGGAAGGGGACGGAGAAGGGGACGGAGAAGGGGACGGAGAAGGGGAUGGAGAAGGAGACGGAGAAGGAGACGGAGAAGGAGACGGAGAAGGAGAUGGAGAAGGAGAAGGAGACGGAGAAGGAGACGGAGAAGGAGAAGGAGAAGGAGAAGGAGACGGAUUGA